GUCAGCGUCCGCCUGGACCUGGAGGGCGAGUUCCACUUCACUCGCCUCAUCAUGAAGUUUAAGACCUUCCGCCCCGCGGCCAUGCUGGUGGAGCGCUCGGCUGACUUCGGGCACAGCUGGAAGGUCUACCGCUACUUCGCUUACAACUGCACCAAGCUCUUCCCCGGCAUCCCAAGCCAGCCCUCGGGGCUGGUGGAUGAGGUGCUGUGUGACCAGCGCUACUCCGAGAUCGAGCCCUCCAGCCACGGGGAGGUCAUCUUCAAGGUGCUGGACCCCUCCAUCCCUGUGGCAGAUCCCUACAGCCCGGACAUCCAGGACCUGCUGCGUGUCACCAACCUGCGGGUGAACCUCACCAAGCUGCACACACUGGGGGACAACCUGCUGGACACGAGGCAGGAGGUGCUGCAGAAAUACUACUACGCCGUGGAUGAGCUGGUGCUGCGCGGCAGCUGCUUCUGCCAUGGCCACGCCGCCCACUGUGCCCCGGCACCCGGCGCCCCGACACCCUCCAUCCCCGGCAUG